AUGGAAAGUGAACUAAUCCAAACUAAUACAGUACAACAUCAACAAGAUGAAAAAGAUGAUAGUGGAAUUGAACAAGAUAAUAGUUUUAUUUAUGUACGAAUAGCUGUUGAAGAUCAUAAUUUACAAAAAGUUCUCAAAUUUAAUUUGGAUGAUACUGUAUGGAGUGCAAAACAAAAAGUUUUACAAGUUCUUGUUCGAGAAUUAACUGAUGGUUUAAAUUUUGGAUUAUAUUUACCACCAUGUAAUGGUCGAGCAGGAAAAUUUCUUGAUGAAUCUCGUUGUCUCAGAGAAUAUCCAUUAAGUGGACCUGUUAGUUAUCUAGAAUUUAAAUAUAAAAGACGUGUUUAUAAAGCAAUUCAUCUUGUGCAGAGAAAUAUUAAUUCAAAAAUUAGCACAAAAAAAUUUGUCGAUUGUAUCAAGACAAAUCAAGUUUCAAAAGUUACUAGAUAUUUAGAAAAAGGAUUUGAUCCAAAUUUUCAUAUUUCUAAUGAUGGUAAGUGA